CUGCUGAGGACUUCCAUACAGCUAUCCAGUCCUUCCUACUUUUCAAUGGUUAUUGAACUAAGAUCAGAUGAUGAAGUUAACUAUAAGAUUAUGAGAGUAUUUGGUUUAAUUGUUUUACUAAACAAUAUGAUUGUAAUUUAUUUAAAUGUUAUAUAUGAUCAGGACAAGAUGUCUGUUCAAUAGUUCCAGAAUUACAAACAGAUCCACUUUUAUCUUCACAUAGAGGUGAUAAAAAAUCAAUAGAAUUAAUUAUACUUUAUGCCACAAAUCAUGUGAAUUAUGACAAUCUCAUAAAUGGUGACUCAAUGAAAAAUAAUUGGUUUGCCUCAGAAAAAGAUACAAGUGUAUGGGAAGAUGACAAUACAGUUUGUUCACAGACUGGUGUAACUGGACCUGCACCUUAUCCAACAUUAAAGCAGGUACGUUUAUGGGGUACAAGUAUGAAUCAUUUAAUUCGUGAUGAAAAUGGACAAAAAUGGUUAGAACAUUUUAUGCAAAAAGAAUAUAGUUGUGAAAAUUUUCGAUUUUUACAAGAAGUUAUAAAAUAUAAAUUUGGACCAUUAUCUAUGAUUGAAAAAGAAUCUAAAAGAAUUUAUGCAGAAUAUUUAGCUAAAACUGGAGCUAGUGAAAUCAAUAUAGAUAAUUAUAUUAUGACGGUAACAGAAGAAUUAUUAAAGAAUCCUAAUCCAUUUUGUUUUGAUUUGGCACAAGAACAUAUCUACAAUCUAGUAAGAACUGAUUCAUAUGCACGUUUCUUACGAUCAUCUGAUUAUUUGACAUUAUUAAAUAAUGCAAUGAAAGCAGCAUCAACACACCAAACAAAGUAGAUCAAUCGCUAAAACGAUCAUAGUGAAGUUUACAACAAAUAAAUGUACCUAUAUGAAAAACUUAAACAUCCACAGACAAU